AUGGCAGCGGCUUUAGCAGUUAUCAUAAACAAGGGCCACCCUCCCAAACUGAAGAAAUUUAUAGACAAGAGAUUAUCAUUGAAGUUAACGCUCACUGGCAGACAUGUACAAGAAAUACUAUCAGGCCCUUCUAGGAACCUUGUGAUUGAGUGUGUGGAAAUAACAACUAGUAGACAACAGGAUAACAUCAGAAUGGUGGUCAUACAAGGAGACAGCAGCAUCAUGUCAGAUGCCUCGGAAAGAGUCUAA